AUGGCACCAGCAACCACCAAUUACAGCCGGGACGAACGAGUUCUCUGUUUUCACCAUGAAGUGCUUUACGAAGCUAAAAUCAUGGAUUUGAAACACACUGUCCCGGAUGACAGAAAGAGCCCCUAUGAGUAUCUGGUCCAUUACAAGGGAUGGAAAAACACUGCGUUGGUUUUACCAUCCACUCCCUUCCUUCCUCUUGCUUUAUAUCUAAAUGGAUGCCGACACGGCUCCGGGAGGCAACGUUUUUCUACUGGCGGGAAGAAGUUGGGACAUGCACUAACAUCGAUUAUUCACAGCUGGGAUGAUUGGGUUCCCCAAGAGCGCCUUCGCAAAUUCACGGAGGAGAACCGUGAGCUUGCUGCCCAAAUUCGGCGAGAGAUAUCGGCUCAGUCGUGGGCAAAAGCCAAUCCCAACAGUAAAUUAACAAAGCGAAGAGGAGGUUCCGACUCCGGCCGGGGCAGCGAAGAACGACAAUCAUCUGUCCCCGCCAAAGGGAAUAAGCGCGGCCGUGACAAUGAAAUUGAAAAAGAGGACCAGUUUCACUCGCGGCCAUCGAUCCGCAUUAUGCUCCCUGACAAUCUCAAAGCAUUGCUCGUCGAUGACUGGGAGAACGUGACCAAAAACCAGCAGGUCGUUGCUCUGCCAGCGCCUCACUCCGUCAACUCAAUUCUCCAAGCGUACUCAGAUGAGGAGAACCCCAAGCGCUCGACUACUGCUGAGACCGAUGUUCUCGAAGAGGUUACCAUGGGAAUCAAAGAGUACUUUGACAAGUCACUUGACAAGAUCCUGCUCUAUAAAUUUGAAAGAGAGCAAUAUCGAAUUCUGCGCCAGAAAUGGGAAAGUGGUGCCGAUAAUUAUGCCGACAAAGGACCUCUUGAUAUCUAUGGGGCCCACCACUUAGUUCGUCUAUUUGCUGUGCUUCCCGAACUCAUUGCACAAACAAAUAUGGAUCAGCAAUCUAUAAACCGACUGCGUGAGGAGCUCUCCAAAUUCACGAUUUGGUUGAGCCGCAAUACUGAACAAUUCUUUUCAAACAAAUAUAUCAGCGCUAGUGCUGAGUAUAUGGAAAAAGCAACAGGAGUGCCCCUUCCAAACCCGGGCACUGCAACUUCGCGACUUGUUUAAAGUGACAAGCUACUAUAAUAGAAUGAAAAGUAAAGUAAAAGUAGCUACAAUAUUUGUGUUACUGUUGUCCUUUUUUUCUUUCCGCUAUAAGGCGUCUUGUGCUUCUUUUUCUCUUUUCUUAUGCCUUUUGGAAGAUCUUGCUGGCUAGGGGAUGGUAUCAAUUGGAAUUUAUUCUU